AGCAUUUUUUAAUGCAAUCAGGAAAGUAGUUUUCUGUUUGGAAAUUGUGAGUUGUGAAUUAGUUUGAAUUUAUUGUUAAUAUUGGAGAACAGCUCUGUCCAACAACAAAAUGCUCCUUUUAAUGAAAUUAUUUCGACUCUGGUGGUGGCUUAUAAUCUCAGUUGCUUGUGUUAUCGAAUCUGCAACAGAUGAGAGUCUUAGUUUCCAGCGUUACUCUCCAUUGGUUACAGAAGAUCAAUUCUUAAAUAACGAUAAACGUUUUCAACAAAUUAUGCAAGGUGCCACUUCAGCCGAUAUAAACUGGCCGGACAAAAUAAGGACUGAAAAAAUUGAUGUUAAAGAUGAAAUUUAUAAACUAACUAGCACCUAUGUUUACCAGCCGUCUUGGCCGGAUUUGGCAAGAGAAUUAGGUUCGGUGACAGCAGUUGAUUUCGACAAAGGUGGUCACGUUGUACUAUUUCAUCGUGCAGAUCAUGUUUGGACUCAAGCUACGUUUGAUCACAACAAUGUUUACCGGGACAGAGAAAAAGGUCCAAUACGUAGUAGUACUGUCUUGGCUUUAGAUUGCCAAACGGGAAAAUUAGUCUAUGAAUGGGGUAAAAAUUUAUUUUAUAUGCCCCAUGGAUUAAGUAUAGAUCAAGAAGAUAAUGUUUGGAUUACUGAUGUGGCUUUACACCAAGUCUUCAAGUUCGGGCCUCGUGGAUUCCCGGAGAAACCACUAUUGGUUUUGGGUAAAGCUUUUAGCCCAGGAACAACAGACACUAAAUUUUGUAAACCUACUGCUGUGGCGGUACUUGAAAGUGGUGAUUUCUUUGUAGCUGACGGUUAUUGUAAUGCUCGAAUACUUAAGUAUUCCAAAAAGGGAGAAAAAAUACUUUCUUGGGGUCAAAAUUCUUUUGCGGGUUCUUCAUAUGACCUAGCUCCUCCCAAUUACUUCGCUAUACCACAUGCCUUAGCGUUAGUCCCAGAUCGUGAGUUAAUUUGCACUGCUGAUCGAGAAAAUGGACGCAUACAAUGUUUUUUUUGGAGUAACGGAACCUUUCAUUCACAAUAUCAUUCUCUUCUAAUCGGAGAUCGACUUUUUAGUUUAGCUUAUACACCAAUAAAAGGAGGUCAAUUAUUGGUAGUUAAUGGGCCUAAUGCUGAACUGGGUACGCACCCGGAACAUUACAAUGAAGUACGCGGCUAUGUAUUGGACAUUAAAUCAAAGAAAAUUUUAUCGAAAUUUGGCCCUAAUGAUCUGCAAUUUUCUAAUCCCCACGAUUUAGCUGUCACUAGUAAUGGCUUGGAAGUGUAUGUAGCCGAACUAAAUCCUAUGCGUUUACAUAAAUUCUUGCAUAAAUCUGUGGUGAGAACUACAUCGUUGUCGGCAGCUAAGCCCGCUGUUACUACUACUGUUGGCGGUAAUUCUAAAUACGGAAUUAGUAAAGAAAACUUACAUAUUAUCACAGCAGACAACAACUCCAAAGGUUUAACAAAAGAUACUGCAUCGUCGUUCGAGUCGCCCACUGCGGUCAGCUACCAUCGUCCGGGAGGAACUGCCAUUUUGGUGGCAUCGUUAAUGCUAUCAUUUGCAUUCCUUACAUUUGCCAUGGCUUUGCUUUUAGCACGUCGUCGCAAGAGAGGAUGUAUGCCUUUUGGCGUUAAACGUCUGCGCCAUGCGUGGGAUUUUCCAUCCAAAACGGAUGCUUUUAAAUUGGGCGGCUUUUUAUUGGAUCGCAGCAAGCACAAUGGUUUUGAGAAACUAGACCAGAAUGCUAGUGACGAGGAAAACGAGCCAACUAGCAGUAGCAGCGGUUCAAUAUUGCGAAAUAUACAAUUUGCUUAUUAAUAAGACGCGAUAAAA